ACUCACUAAUUCGGCAGCAGGCAGGGCAGUCCCUGAAAGCAGACAAAGAUUAAGUCACAGCCUCUAAUUAGGACAGCCUUUGCAUAGCCAGUAUCUCCCCAGCUGUCUCGGGGAAUCCGCCAGGAGCUAAGUGUUCGGGUUUGUUUUCUUUUUAUGUGGUAGCGAAGGCCAAGGAGCAGAACAAGCGGGCCUUGGUGGAAAGCGCACAUCUGGCAGAAUCUCCAAGAUGCCUUCACAGAAGGAACGCACUAAGAGGAGCCUCACACAGAGGCUGGCCCUAAAGAGCCAUAUAGCUAAGGAGACAGUCUCUGAGUUCCUGGGCACUUUUAUAAUGAUCGUCCUUGGGUGUGGCUCUGUUGCCCAAGCAGUCCUCAGCCGAGGUCAUCUUGGUGGAAUAGUCACUAUGAAUAUGGGAUUUGCAACAGCAGUUGUGAUGGCUAUUUAUGUCACUGGCGGUGUCUCUGGAGGCCACAUCAACCCAGCUGUGUCUUUUGCAAUGUGCGUCUUUGGAAGGAUGGAGUGGUUCAAGUUCCCAUUUUAUGUGGGAGCCCAGUUUUUAGGAGCCUUUGUAGGGGCUGCAACUGUCUUUGGCAUUUACUAUGAUGGACUCAUGGCCUUUGCUGAUGGAAAAUUGCUCGUCGCGGGAGAAAAUGCAACAGCAUUCAUUUUUGCAACAUACCCAGCUCCAUUCAUAUCUCUGCCAAAUGCCUUUAUAGACCAAGUGCUGUCUACCAUGUUCCUCCUUCUGAUUGUCUUUGCCAUUUUCGACUCCAGAAACAUGGGGGUCCCCAGAGGCCUAGAGCCCCUUGUCAUUGGCCUCCUGAUCAUUAGCCUUUCUUGUUCUCUGAGCCUCAACACUGGCUGUGCCAUGAACCCAGCUCGAGACCUGAGCCCCAGGCUCUUCACUGCUCUGGCAGGAUGGGGAUUUGAGGUCUUCACAGCUGGGAACAACUUCUGGUGGAUUCCUGUUGUGGGCCCGAUGGUUGGCGCUUUCUUCGGAGGCCUCUUCUACAUUCUUCUUAUCCAGCUGCAUCACUCAGACCCCGACUCAGAAGUGAAGGCAGAGCCAUCUGGGAGCAAGCUAGAGAAAUAUGAACUCAGCGAAAGCAUGUAGUGGUGUGACCAGGUCUAGAUUUACUAUUUAUUUGGUUCUUGCUUCAGAGAAGAUGGCAUCCGUGUGGUAUGCUUUGGUGAGAAUUGAGGGUGGGGUGGGGGAAAUCGACCCACUUUUCUCUAGCCGUUUGGGACUAACCAUUGCAGAGACAGUAAAGAAAACCUCCACCAGUCACCCCUCCCAGAACAUCACUGGCAGUCCCCCUGUGGCAGCUUUCUCUCCAGCCUGGUUCAUUGCAUCUUUGAUGGAAGACCGUAGUAAUUGCUAAGAAUUUAGAAACUUGACCAUGGACUUGGUGGGAUGGCCUCAGAGACCUUUACUGCCCUGUGUGAAAUAAUGUCACCAAAGACUCUGCCUUCACAAUCUACAAACACAGCAUUCCGAAACUGAAAGGCCUAACAGUGACUGCGCUCAACACCUAUGAAAUGGAAGGAAAGCGUUAACACUCCACCAAGCUGAGCACUGUCUCCGCAUAGAUGCUGAUAUUCUCCCAACCUAGGGCUCUAGAAAACGGCAGAAGACAGCUGGGAAGAACUCUGUGACAUUUAAAAACCUCAGGACACAAGAUAAAUUUGGGAAACUGAAUGGCUUUUUUUUAAUGGAAACCAUUUGCCAGAUUAAUCUCUUGCACUUCCCUGCAUUUUAGAUGGUAUCAAUUAAUUUCCAGGUCCUUAAGUAUAUAAUAACCUGAAAUAUGAUUUUAACCUUGGUCAUGAAAAAUACAUCGCUCUGUCUUUUUCAGCACAAAUGUGUUUUCCUAAUGACUCAGUUGAGGACAGACCUCUUGAGUAGUCUGUGGCUGUACUUAUCCAUGUCCCCAGAAGUCCAAACUAGAAGCUAGUGGAAGCUGACCAGGCAGACUGAAGUUGAGGGUAGAAAGAGUCCCUGGGACAAAAGCUUGAGAGACAGGCUUUAUCUCUCACUAAACGUUCUCCUAAGUGUCAUCACAUUUGAUCCCAACAGCCGUCGUCGGAGGGAAAUCACCAUAGCAGCCAUUUUUCAAAUGAAAAUCUCACACGAAUUAAGCAAGCUGUCCUUUGUUUUGCAGGGUGCCUUAUGCCUCCCAGGAGCUUGCUAACUGACUGAGGGUGUUAGACAUUCCCCCCAGGCUUCUGUGGAAGGGGCAUCAGCAGCUUUCAGAACAUGUGUGCUUUGUAGAAAUACGACUUCAGCUCUUAGGGUGUGAGCUCUCCAGAUCCCACAUUGUUUGGUAUUCCCACUGUCACUGAGGCGCUGAUGAAGGAAAGAGUAUUAAAUACAUUUAGGGGGAUAUUAUUGUGUUUAGGAUCUCUUUUUUUUUCCAUUUGAUAGCUACCAAACAUCCUUAGUUCAGAGUUUGUCAAUAACUGGGAAUUUAAUUUCCUGUGGGGAUUUUAGAAAAUAUUAAUCCCCAGUUAGUCCUUUAUGGAUAACUCAGGUGACUCAAGCUUCCAUCAAGGACUGGAAACAUGGACUGGAUUGAAUUCUAUGGGCCUAAUUUUUCCUUGAAAGCCAAAUAUAGUUGUCACAAUGGG